AUAGGAUGGCCCCAUAUUUUCAAAUCUUCAACAAAACCAUUUAUGGCCUACCAAGAAACAAAUAAAGAACUUAACCAGCAUGUAUAGCAUGAUCACCACUUUAUAAAUAGGGUACUAAUCCUCUCCAAAAAAUCAUAUCACUUCACUUCAUCAUUAUUAAUUUGAUCCAUUAAUUAAUUUCUCUUAUAUCCAUUUAUCAAUUAGCCACCAUGUCUGAAGAGAACCGUGACCGUGGCCUCUUCCAUCACAAAAAAAAUGAGGACGAUUCUGACACUGGUUACAACAAAACAUCAUACAAUGAUGAACUUUCUAGUGGUAACUAUGAAUCUGGUUACAAAAAAUCCACUAAUUAUUCCAAUGAUGAAACAUCUGCUGGUGGUUACAAUAAACCAUCAUCAUAUGGUAAUGAGACAUCUGGUGGUGAAUAUGAAACUGGUUACAAUAAGAAAACAUCGAAUUACUCGAAUGACGAAACAUCUGGUGGCUAUGGUGGUGGUGGAGGAUACUCUGACACCAAAACUACAACUGGUGGUGGUUAUGGUAGUGGCUAUGGUGACUCUGACAACAAAACAACCACCGGUGGUGGAUACGGUGGUGGUUAUGGUGACUCAAACACUAAAACCACCACCGGUGGUGGAUACGGUGGUGGAUAUGGUGAUUCUGACACCAAAACCACAACCGCUGGUGGGUACGGUGGUGGUUAUGGUGACUCAGACACCAAAACAACCACCGGUGGUGGUUAUGGCGAGGAUACUAAUCGUCGUGAUGACGAUGAUGUUGAUUAUAAGAAGGAGGAGAAACACCACAAGAAACUUGAACACCUUGGAGAGUUUGGUACUGCAGCUGCUGGUGGUUUUGCUCUGUAUGAGAAGCAUGAGUCAGAGAAAGAUCCAGAAAAUGCUCAUAGGCACAAGAUAGAAGAAGAGGUUGCAGCAGCAGCUGCAGUUGGAUCUGGUGGAUUUGCCUUUCAUGAACAUCAUGAGAAAAAGGAAUCAAAGGAGGAAGAUGAGGAAGCUCAUGGAAAGAAGAAACACCAUCUCUUUGGCUAAAUCAACAUAUGUGUAUAAUAUAACUAAAAAUAAUAAGCACACAAAGCAUUAUGGAUAUAUUCAUUCUGCUUAGCUUUGUAUUCUAAUUAUGCUUUUGGCUUAUUUAUGUGUAUUAAUUGGUAUUUAAGUUCAUCUUCUAUAGUUUACUUUGAGUGGUUUGGAGAAUGUUUUCAGCUUGGUGUCAUAUGGAUGGAUGUAUCACGUAUGUGUGGAUCUAUGUUGUGUCAAUUUGUUAAGUACACAAUAUACUGUUGUAAAAGAAUUUGAGAUGAUUUCAAUAAAAUUACUUGUUCUGCAGUAAA